AUGUUAUUCUCAAAGAUUUCAAACUCCCUACUGGCAUCAGUAUGCCUCGCGAAUGCCCUGGUCACACGUCAAGAGAGAUCCUAUAAUGCCCCCAGUCCCAAAGAUGGCCAUUGGAUCGAUACUUGGGUAUCUAUGCCGCAACUCACAGAACCAGCCAACCUGCCUCCGGCGCCGUACAAUGGUAGCAACUCGGUGUUCCCAGAUACCACAAUCCGGCAGACUAUCAAGACGACCAUCGGUGCAAGCUCUCAUAUCCGCCUACGGAUCUCGAACGCCUUCGGUCUAACACAGCUACCUAUCACGACUGCGAGUAUUGCACUAGCCCGUGCUGAAGCCGGACAGAACAAGACUGGAGCUAGCGGCGUCGAUAUAUCAACUUUGCAGAGCAUUACCUUCUCAAACAACGCAAGUAUCACAAUCCCGCCUGGAGCUCUGGCAAUAUCUGACCCGAUCCCUCUUUCGGUGCAAGCCAACCAAAUUCUGAGCAUCAGUCUGUAUCUUGCCUCUGGACAGCAAGGCUUCGCAAUCACUUCUCAUCCAGGCUCAAGAACAACAAGUUGGCUAUCCUUCGGCGACCAGACCUCCGCUGCCAAUUUUACAGAUGCCAACACGCAAAAUACAGCCCACUGGUAUCUAAUCUCUGCUCUCGAGGCCUGGUCACCUCGCAACAGCGAAUCGUUAGUCGUCGUUGGCGACAGUAUAACAGAUGGACGAGGCUCUACCACGAAUGGAAACGACCGCUGGCCUGACCAGCUCUUCUCACGCCUACAGUCCGGCUCCCCAAACCUCAAGUCCAUCGCCAUAUCGAAUCAAGCAGCUGGUGGCAACCGUAUCCUAGCAGAUGGACUUGGGCCCUCGGCCUUGUCCCGCAUCGAACGGGACGUCCUUGCUCACUCUAACGUAGGCUAUGCUCUGAUCUUCGAAGGCAUCAACGAUAUCGGCACAGCAUCUUCCACGCCCGAAGCACAAGAAGCUGUCUACACCCGUCUUGUGCAAGGCUAUAGACAGAUCCUCUCACGUAUACAUGCAGACGGAAUACCCGUCUUUGGUGCUACCAUCACGCCUUUCGGCUGCUUGAACAGCACAUUACAAGCUUAUAGUACGCCAGAACGAGAGGUCACAAGAUCAAGGAUCAAUGAUUUCAUUCGAAGCUCUGUGGGAAAGCAAGGAGGGUUCGAGGCACUGGUAGAUUUUGAUAGGAUUGUGAGGGAUCCGACGAACGAGACAAGGCUGAGACCGGAUCUGGACAGUGGGGAUUGUUUGCAUUUGAACCCUAAGGGAUACAAGGCAAUGGCUGAAGGCUUUCCCGUGGAAGUCUUUGCGAGGUUCAGAGACGGUGUAAGCGGUUUUGUGUAG